AGCUGCAGUGGUGCAAGACCUCCACACUUCUAGUUCACUACAGGCUGCAUGGUGAAAUUCACAUUUGUAACCGAGAGAAAAAGAGGAAAUGAGUCUCUCAUCGCUUGUUUCUUGUUCUUCUCUGAGUUUAACAUCUUAGCACCGCUGGAGGGUAACGCUUAAAGGUAUAAUGAAAGACAGACUGUGCGAGCUACAGAGCCUCCCCUGCCCCCCCUUAGAGGAGGAGGGUAGCCUCAUUGGGAGCCAGAUCAACCGCUCAGAGGAUGAGGAGCUUCUACAGCAGGCCAUCGUCUUUCAGGGCGAAGAUGUGAUGGAGAGCACCUACAAAGAGGCCCAAACAAUGAGAAAGGAGAUGCUGCUCCUCAAGUUGGAUGUGAAGCGUCUGGGGAAGCAGAACACUCGCUUCCUGACAUCUGUGAGGAGGCUGAGCAGCAUCAAGAGAGACUCAAACGCGGUCGGCAAGAGCAUCAAGGCGAGAGGGGAGGCCAUUUAUGCGCGGCUGGAAAAGCUGGGGAAGCUGAGCAAGGGGCUGGAUGAAAAACAUGGACCUACGUCAGCUGUGGCUCGCAUUGUGCGCUCGCAAUACGUGUCUCUGACCAGCGCUUUCCACGAAGCCAUUUCAGAGUACAACGAGGCGGAAAUGAUCCAGAGGGAAAACUGCAAAACCCGCAUCCAGAGGCAAGCAGAGAUCAUGGGCAAGGAGGUGAGCAGGGAGCAGAUAGACGAGAUGAUUGAGACAGGAAAGUGGAACAUCUUCUCUGAUAAUCUCCUCCUGGAGGGGAGGACUGCCAGAUCUGCUCUGAACGAGAUAGAAAGCCGACACAAGGAGCUGCUGGAGCUGGAGAGCCGCAUCAGGGACAUCCAUGAACUCUUCUUCCAGCUGGCCCUGUUGGUGGAGGAGCAGGGCUGCAUGCUGGACAACAUAGAAGCAAACGUCGGUGCAACUCAGGACUAUGUCGCCAAGGCUGCAGGUGGGAUCAAGCGGGCUGUGAGAUACAAGAAAGACAAUCCAUGCAAGAAACUUUUCUGCUGUUGCUUUCCGUGCUGCAAAUGAGACUUCCUUCUCACAGCAUUUUUUUAAUCUAUCUCUGCAGAGCGGGCUUCAACAAGCUAAUCCAAGCUUUGGUUGGUGGCAUGCAGGCCAGCAGGGGGCCCCCAAAAGAGCUGGAGUUCUACUAGAAAAUCAGUUUUCAGACAUUUGCCUUUAAAAUGAUAAAUAUUUUUAUUUUAUUUGGGGAUUUGAGUGCUUCUAAGAAGUU